AAACCAAGCUCCUCCCCUUUCACUGGGUUCCUUCUGUCUACGACUCCCCUCCGGCUCCCUCCCUAAAUCUACCCCGUUUGGUCUGUUUUCAUUUUCAUUUUCUUCAUUGCCUGUGUGUGUGUGUGUGUGUGUGUGUGUUUGCGCGCGCUCUCCAUCGCCUGAGUGUCUGUUGUAACUUAAUUCUUCCACUUAAGACACGUGCCGUGCCCGCCAUCCGUUUCCCCCUCCCCUUAACGUCGCAGGAUCUCUGAUCCUAGACAAUGUCUAACCUGCUUUGACUGACCCUGGUUAUGACACGCCUUUCUAACCACCAAAACUAUUGACUGAUGAUCUUCUCCCCCAAGAACGCUAACACAGAAGCUGCCCUCUGAGACUCUGGAUGACUUUAUUCUUCAAAAGGCUUUACCUUCCAGCAGCUCCAGGGACCCUCCAUUCCCAAUUUCCAGGAAAAUGUGAUGAGCUACAGGUAUCAACUUCUAGAUCACCACUUAAUGACCUAGCUACAAGUGACUGGCGUGGAAAAUCUAGGGGCAGCGAGGUCCAUCAGGAAGAUGUCUAAAGAAAUGGCAGACCAAAAAGAAGGAGAAGCUAAGGAAAAAGAGGUGUGCAGAGACCAGAUCAAAGAAUCGGACAAAGAAGAGGAACCACCAGCUGCUGCAUCCCAUGGCCAGGGGUGGCGUCCAGGUGGCAGAGCACCUAGGAACUCAAGGCCUGAACCCGGGGUCAGACCCCCUGCACUCCCUAACAUGGUCAAUGACCCACCAGUACCCGCCUUACUGUGGGCUCAGGAGAUGGGCCACGUCCUGGCAGGCCGUGCCCGCAAGCUGUUGCUGCAGUUUGGGGUGCUCUUCUGUACCAUCCUCCUCCUGCUCUGGGUGUCUGUCUUCCUCUACGGCUCCUUCUACUAUUCCUACAUGCCGACAGUCAGCCACCUCAGCCCCGUGCAUUUCUACUACAGGACCGACUGCGAUUCUUCCUCCUCCUUACUCUGCUCCUUCCCCGUUGCCAACGUCUCACUGGCUAAGGGUGGACGUGAUCGGGUGCUGAUGUAUGGACAGCCGUACCGCGUCACCUUAGAGCUCGAGCUGCCAGAGUCUCGCGUGAACCAAGAUUUGGGCAUGUUCUUGGUCACCAUCUCCUGCUACACCAGAGGUGGCCGAAUCAUCUCCACCUCUUCCCGCUCCGUGAUGCUGCACUACCGCUCAGACCUGCUCCAGAUGCUUGACACGCUGGUCUUCUCCAGCCUCCUGCUGUUCGGCUUUGCAGAGCAGAAGCAGAUCCUGGAGGUGGAGCUAUACCCGGAAUACAGAGAGAACUCGUACGUGCCGACCACCGGCGCCAUUAUCGAGAUCCACAGCAAGCGCAUCCAGCUGUACGGCGCCUACCUCCGCAUCCAUGCCCACUUCACUGGGCUCAGGUACCUGCUGUACAACUUCCCCAUGACCUGCGCCUUCGUCGGCGUCGCCAGCAACUUCACCUUCCUCAGUGUCAUCGUGCUCUUCAGCUACAUGCAGUGGGUGUGGGGCGGCGUCUGGCCCCGACACCGCUCUCUUUGCAGGUCGCAAAGGACCCCCCCUUCCUCACCCCUUCGUGACCCUUCUUUGACUGGGGAGUGGGCAGGGGUGGGCUUGGGGGCUGGGGUGGAAGGGCCCCGAUCCCUGGGGAGGGAAGGCAGGCCUCUCGGCUCAGGAGUCUCCCCUCCGCAGGUAAACGUCCGAAACAGAGACGGCUCCCGAAAGAAAGUCCAGCGAAGGAUUGCUGCCCGCCAGCCAGGCACAGGGCCCCAAAGCCAGGAGGCGGCCCCUCAGCUGUCACAGGUUACAGAGCACAGGGAGAGCCCUGCAGCCCCCUCGGGGACAGCUGCAGAGGGCCAGCUGUCCCCAGAGGAGAAGCCAGAUCAGCAGCAGCCCCUGAGUGGCGAGGAGGAGCCAGAGCCCGAGGCCAGUGACGGUUCAGGCUCCUGGGAAGAUGCAACCCUGUUGACAGAGACCAGCCUGCCAGUUCCUGCCCCUGCCCUUGCCCCGGAGACCGUGGGCAGCUCCGAAUCCUCCGCGGGCACCGUCCGCCAGCGCCCUAUGUGCUCCAGUUCCUGAAGAGAACGGGGCAGCGUCCCCACCUUCCAGCCCUCCCCCCCCACCCCUUUUCCGUGCCGUGGCUCCCCGAAUAAACUAUUUUCGUGCCAGCUGCC